AUGAAUAGUUCCAAUUUGCUUAGAAUACCAAAACCUCAAAUAACUAUAAAAUAGAGUGAAUGGAAUAAGCAAUUAGAAAGGUGUAGAUUAAAUGCUCAAAAUCCUAUGAGCAAAAGCUUUUUCAUGACUUAAAGCAUGUUUGAAUCUCAAUAAAUAAGCUUACACAUAUAAAGUCAAGCAUGAUUAAUCUUUGCACUCUGAGUUAAAUAUAUAUAUUAGUAAAUUAUUAUAAUACGCAUUCA